AUGAGAGGCACAUUAUUUUUUCUAAUUUUUAUAAUUCUUCAAGUUCAUGUAACUUCGAAGCCAGUUGUAAUAACCGGAAACGAUAAGCAAACUAUAAACCUUAUGGGUUAGUUGUUUCUUGUUAAUAAAAUUUUUUUUCAAUUUUAGUAUGGAUAUGCCCUGAUGCGACACUAUUUGCAAUGAUACAAUCUGCUCUUCAACAAUAUCGAACUGUUGAUGAUAUCAAUAAAUCUGUUCAAGAUCAAGUGACUGGGUGAGAAAAUUUUUUCCAAUUAUCAAAUUCAUAAAUAUUGCCCAUUUUCAGCUAUAAAAAUGCGAUUUGGCUUGUAAAUACAAUAAACUACAGUCGAACAACAGCAAAUACAGAUCCAAUUCCGAAUACUUCUUCAAAAAAUUUGUGUUUUAUACAAGCUCCAAGUGAACAAUUAAUUGUAUUUAUUGCCGCAGUUGUUGCAUAA